GAGGACCUCCUCCCGGUGCCCUCAUCACCCGGCACGGCGGAGCGACGCGCGCAGCGGCGGCGACACCUUCGGACGCACGGCGCACGAGGAGGAGGGCACCACUUGGCACGGUGCGCGAUGGCGGAGUGCAAAGUGCGGGUACUGAACGUGCCCCGUCUCCACAACGUGGACUUGCUCGACAAACUCACCAUCCACUUCCUGAGAAAGAGCAAUGGGGGUGGGGAGCUGACAGAUGUCUCCUAUUGCACGGACACCCCGACUGAGGCCAUCGUCACGUUUGAGGACCCUGCUGUUGCAAAAAGGGUUUUGCAGAUAAAACAUCACGUGCUGAAUAUCAAAGGGCACUCGCAUUCUCUGCAAGUCGUGCCUCUGGAGGAGCAAGAUUCUGGAGAGGUUAUAGAAAAGGUUAUCAUGGUUAUAAACUUGUUCAAAAUUCCAAAACAGCAACAGGACGGCUUCCUGGAAAGUCUCAGAAGAUUCCCAGUCACUGUGUCACUUAAUCAGAGUCAGAGGCAAUGCACUGUAGAAGGACCGUUUUCCCUCAUGGAGGAAAUCCACACUCACAUCAAUACAUUUGUUUCUACUGUAGAAUUUAGAAAUGAAAAGAAAAAUGUCUCCCACAAGAAUGAUGAAUCCUCCGAAAUAAAAACUGAAGCACAAACAGAGAUUGAUGCAGAAGUGAAGGCAGAAAGCGGCUCAGAAAACGUGAGCAAGGAUCCGUUUGAUUUUGGUGAAAUUGGUAACAAUAAGGAAGGCACGAUUGAAAUGUUAGUGGAAUCAGAUGUGUUUAAUUUCUUGCUUAAUUUCUGUAAGAUGGCCUAUGAUAACAUCUUGGCAAAAUAUAAUGUGGAAGUGAUCAUCAAUGAUGAAGGUUUAGGUGAUCUCACAGUGUUGAAUGUAAAAUCCAUACUAGGCCUUCCAUUCACCGGACAGCAAAUACAAAAUGCAUCGGAGGAAUUGGCUGAAUUGUAUGCUAAUCUGCAGAGCAGAUUACGAAAGGACACCGUUCGUAUUAAUUCCGCAUUUGCAAAGGAUUUUGAGAAAGUAAGCUGUUUGCUUCGGGUCAUGAAGGAGCGCUUCCCAACUAUGCUUAUCACAUUCAGAAAGGAUGAAUGUGAAGUGGAUUUUAUUGGAACACCAAGUGAUAUUUUUCAAGCUUCAUUGGCGUUACGUGAAUUCGUAAAACAUAGUGGGACAGAUCUUCCUUAUCGAGAGCCAGAACAGGGUCCUAACAAUGACACUGACCACCCUCCAGCUCAAUUCAUCAGGCCAAGUCACCUGACAGAAGGCGGUAUUAAUACAAGUGUGGCAACAAGGGAAGAGUCGACAAACGUAGAUGCUAAGUCUGAUUGGUCAACCUUUAGUGAAUUGUUUCAAGAAGAGCAUGAAUGCCUCAUUCAAGUUGAUGGUGACGUGUGGAGGUAUAUCUCUCACUUAUACAGCACCGCAGUAAGUUUUGUUUGUGAGAAAUAUAAAGCAAGCAUUAAGACACGAGAUGUAAAAAACAACAAAACAAUGGUAACCUUGACAUCUGGAAAUAGGGGUAUAUUGAGUGCAAAAGAAGAACUGACAGCAAUAAUUUCUCAAUGUAAACAUCUGCACAAAGAAAUAUUUAGAUACGAGAAUUGUAAUGUAUCUCCUAUGAGCGAUGAGACUAAAUUGAUGUUAAAGUCGUUGGAAGACAAACAUCAGCGUGUGUCGAUUUCAGAGGAUGUGAAUGGAAUUACACUACUGGGGCUAGAAGUAGAUUGUCUUUCCGUCAUUCAAGAGCUGAAAGCACUCUUUGGUAAAAAGCAAGAGAAAAUGUUGAAGGGAAAUGAAGUGCAGAGUGUGGAAAGUAAUCUUCAAGACCCUGUCACGUACGGCCAGGGCUGGAGUAUCGCAGGCGAUGACGGCCAAGACAAUUCGGCUCCUGGCAUUGCUGAUGCACAGCCGUUGUCAGGCCCCUCUGAACUUGAUACAUGCUCUGAAUAUUCAGAGGUAGGUUUAAAAGAUGCUAAAAGUGCAAAAGAUGUGCAACUUUCUCUUCAAGAUGACCAAGAUCUGAAAUCUGCAACAGAUGAAUCCAAAAUAAAGCCACACCCACAAACUGAUGGUGCACAGGCUUCUUUAGGCUCUCCCGAAUUGCACAUAGAUGCACAUCCACAAGUAAAUGUAGAAUACAAUGUCCAGGUUCCUGCUGUGAAUGUGCAAGAUUUUAAUGUCAUCAAUGAAGAAAGUAAAACUGCACCUCCCAAUGUUGGUGGAAGGGGGCAGUCUCAAGACCUCUCAGAAAUGCACAGGCACAAAGAGUCCAGACAUCCAGAAGACUCAUCAACACUAGUCACGCCCUCUGAAGAUGAAAAUCCUGAGCCAUCUGAAGAUUCACACCCCAUAUCUGAACAUGUAAGAAUGGAUACCAUUAUUUGGAAGUACAUUCAAAAGUUUCUGCUCAGUCGCAUUGAGGAGUCUGCCAGCAAGCAAAACGUGAACAUUAAAGUGGUAAAAGAGGUUUCUGUAAUUGAAGUGAUCAUCUCUGGCACGGCUCACGAAAACGUUCGUGCUGUAACAAACAUCAUGAAUGAGACGGUGCAAGAGUGCAAGGAAAUGCAUCGCGAAAAUAUUUCUGGAAAUGUACUGGAACUUACUCAGGAUGAGAAAACUCUACGGUACUUCGUUGAUGCCGUCAACAUGACCGGCUUGAGAGUGGUGCUUCACAAGCUGCCAGAGUCCAUUAUUGUGUUUGGAGAGAAAGAGCAGUGUCUGGACGCUGCAGAAAAGAUAAAAACCAUUUCCGAAAAGUUCACCAGCAGCAAUGGAGAGGCCACCGGAAAUGAUAGCCAAGACCUCAAAGGAAAAGCCCAACUGGAGGAGUGCUGCAGUGAAGCAGCACCCAACUUGAGUGCAGACACCACAGAUCGCCAGCCGCCGGUGCCUGAUCAGCAGCAGUGAAUGCGUUCACUCUGGUGACUUACAAAUGAAACAAUGUUGCUCAAGUUGUUUUUCACACCAGUGUAUUAUUCACACAGGGAAAAUUGUGCAAGUGGGUGUCGUGCAGUGUGAAUAUAUAUUAGUCCAUCUUGAGAGUGAAAUGUAUGUUUAAUGUGCUUAAAAUGCUGGACUAUUAAUGGAUGUAGUUGGUGUUGGCUAAAACCUGUACACGAAUACAGUGUAACGUCAAGUUAUGUUUUUUGGGGGGGGUUUGUACAUACUGGAUACACACACAAAAUAUGUAUCUUGUUAAAGGAUUAUUUCAUUGGUGGUUGCUUUACAGUCAAGGAAGCCUCACAUGUUAAACCAGGAAAUUGUUUCCAAAUAGGCUGAGGAUGUGCACUGGGAGAUGAACUGAUGAACUAAGCUCAUGUGCAAGUGUUAGGUGGAGUAUUACAAUGCAGACUCAUGAGAGAUGGCAGCCAACAGCUUGGGGAGGCUUUCAUCCAGUAGUGGGUUUGACCAUUGCUGAUCAUAAAAUAACAAUUACAGUACUUAAAAAGGACAACAGAAACUUUCCAUGACACAAACUCUGCUAUAACAAUAUCAGUUGUUAGACAACUGAUUGACAUUUUAGAACUCUAGGUUAUUUUUUUAAGUGUUUUAUUAAAUACGUUUGCAUGGACUGACUGUGCUUAGAGGAUGUCGUGUCGUGGGGCUUGCUGCAGGCAUACGCAGAUACAAUUUUAGCUCUAUGUCAGUACUGUCCCAAAAUAACGCAGGGAUAGUUUCCAUGCUCACCACAUCUCCUGCCACUCUUUGCUGUGAGUUUUUAUUCCAGCUACAGUCUUAAACACUUAUUUUAUGGAGCCCAGAUUGCAUGAGGUGCCCUGCACAGUAAUACAUGAUAUAUACUCUCAAAGUUAGUGGUUACUUUAUACAAUAAUACGUGUUAUAGGUCAAUGGACACGCUGCAAUAUUCAUUUUACAUAUAGGAUUAACAAAUGUAUACACAUAAACUCUACAUUUUAACAAUUCGUCAUUUGAUAAAGAGCUGACCAAACGUCUCAAUGCAGGAGGGUCCUGCAUUGGGAUGUGUUGGUCUUUUUCCCCAAAUGUAUUCCAAGUUGAGCUAAUCGUAUCAAGUCAUGAUCUGCAAAAAACUGAUUCAGAAAUCUAACAGAGCAGUUGCACCCUUUGUGUUCGAGAACAACUCACAGAAAUACAUUUGAGAGACAAUGUUAAUUAGUUUUAUUUUCGGAGAUAUAAUUUAGCCACAUCAAGUGCAAAAACUGAUGUAAUUAGAUUGGGGGGUUUGUUUGGCGGAGCCAUUAGUGACUUUGCCUAGACUCAUCAACUCGCCUCACUUGAAAAUCCGGUUUUAAACGUGAGCAGCUGCCCAUAUUCAAUCACAGGUUGAAUACCACAAUGGUGCCAGCUGCGAGCUCUAACCGAAGUUACCUGGCAACCACCCUCCAAAAAAAGGUCCCAAGAAUCGUGGGGCUUUCCUAGAUUCAUACGAAAAAACAUUGAAAUACCAUUCCGUAACUAUUAUUGUUUGUGUAUGGGUCUUGGUCUUGUGGUAUUUCGACCGCCCAAUUUGGAGAAUGUGCCACACCUUAAGUUAAAAGACCAUUGGUGUUGUGAAAAGGGUAAUGUUGAGGUAAUACAAAUGUAUCUUAAUUCAGUAAAAUUAUAUUGAUAACAUCAUGUACACGAGUAAUAUACAGCAUGUUAUGUUUUUGUUGUUGUAUUGUUUCCUUAUAACUAGUUCAUUGCAGAGUGUUUUUAAAUGCAUGUUUUGGCUCUGGUAUAAUAUAAUAAAUACUCAACCACG